AUGUCACUCUUCACCGAAACCCAAGGCCACGCCCACAUACCUGGAAACCCGGAAGUGCCCACACCUGUAGUAGAGAAGCGUCUUUUUUAUUACCAAAGAAGUGCCUACGGACGACGUUUCACUCGGGAGCAGCCGUGUGAGCAGUGGAGGUCUGGGGGCAGGGUGUGUUGGAGCAGAGAGGCCCAGUACCUGUACCUGAGGCGCCUGUCCUCCAGAAGCUUCUCUGCGAUCAUGAUGAACCCAGUGAUGGAUGAGACGGUGUGGGAGCAGUACACAGUGACUCUGCAGAGGGAUUCCAGAAUGGGCUUUGGAAUCGCAGUGUCUGGAGGGCGAGACAACCCCAACGAAGACACUGGGGAGAUGUCCAUCGUAGUGUCUGACGUCCUGAAGGGUGGCCCCGGCGAUGGACUGCUCUUUGAGGGUGAUCGUGUGGUCCAGGUCAAUGCCACCCUCAUGGACGGAGUAGCCCACUCUUUUGCCGUGCAGACGCUCCGAAAAUGUGGCAAAGUGGCUAAAAUCACUGUGAAGAGGCCUCGUAAAGUGCCCGUGAACAUGGUGAAACGUGCCCCCUCUCCAGAUGACCGCGUCUUCAACACAGACUACACAGAGGACUACGACUACGACGAGGACCGCAGGAGUGCGUACAGUGCACAUGAGCGCACAGUCGAAAGGGAUCACCGGGACCGCGAUUCAGGAUACCAGACCCACGAGCGCGGGCGAACUGCUGACAGAGACCUGGGUGAUGAGCGUGGAUACCGGAGAGACGGCAGCCGCGGGCGCAUGCUGGAGCCAGACCGCAGCCCUGACCGGAGGUACCGCAGUGCGCACGGUCUGGACAGAGACCAUAGCCCAGAACGCAGGGAUUACAGAGACCACAGUUCUGACCGGCGUUACCGAAGUGAGCGAGCUCUGGACCGCAACUGCAGCCCUGACCGAAGAUACCGUGAAAGCCCAGAAAGGCACUACCGCGCUGAUCGGCCUCUGGACAGAGAGAGCCCAGACAGGGGGCGCUACAGACGGGACAGCCACAGCCCCAUUAGGGCCCGAGCACCCAGCAGAGAGAGGCUGGACCGCUCCCCCUCCCCUCCCCCCAUGCCCAUCCCACUGCCACGCCCACCACCACGCGACCACGAGCCCCUGGACAAGCCACUCAAUGUAUUGCUGCUAAAGAACCGGCCCAACGAAGAGUAUGGGCUCCGACUGGGCAGCCAGCUAUUCAUCAAGGAGAUGACGAGCACAGGACUGGCCAGCAGAGAUGGACACCUCCAGGAGGGAGACAUCAUCUUAAAGAUAAAUGGCACAGUUACAGAGAACCUGUCCCUGAAUGACGCAGGGAAACUCAUCGAGAAGUCCCGGGGAAAACUGCAGCUGGUGGUGCAGAGGGACCGCAGUCAGAUCCUGAUCCGAGUGCCCCCCAUGGUGGACAGCGACUCAGAGCUGGACGAUAUCUCUGAGAUAGAGUCGUAUCGCUCAUACUCCCCCCAGGACGACAGGAGGGGUCACCACUCAGACCUCUCCUCGCAUUCCUCCAAUGAGAGGCUGAGGGACAAGCCCAGAGAGGAGCCGUCUAAUCGAUUUGCCAAAAUGGGUGCCAUGGCAACACCGUUCAGACCCCCGGAAGACAAAAGCCCUGUAGUGGUAGAGAGAGAAGAGCAGCGAGCAGAGACCCCUCCAGUCGUGGCGCCAAAGGUUCAUUCUGCAGUUAAAGUUCCUCUGAAGGCCAGUGCAGAGGACCAAGACAUCUACGGGCCCAACACGGUCAUGGUGCGCUUCGUAAAAGGGGACAGUGUGGGUCUGCGGCUGGCCGGAGGGAACGACGUGGGCAUCUUCAUCGCUGGAGUACAAGAGGACAGUGCCGCGGAGCUGGAGGGUCUGCGCAUGGGCGACCAGAUCAUGAAGGUGAACACCAUGGACUUCAGAGGAAUGGUGCGAGAAGAUGCAGUCCUCUAUCUGCUGGAGAUCCCCAAAGGAGAAGAAGUGACUAUUCUGGCCCAGAGCAAACCUGAAGUGUACAGGGACAUCCUGGACUCGGGCCGGGGCGACUCCUUCUUCAUCAGGACACACUUUGAGUAUGAAAAGGAGGCUCCUCAGAGUCUGCCCUUCUCCAGAGGAGAGAUCUUCAAAGUGACCGACACCCUGUACGACGGAAAGCUGGGCCACUGGCUCGCCAUCCGCACGGACAAGGACAACCAGCUGCUGGAGAAGGGCAUCAUCCCCAACAAGAGCAGGGCGGAGCAGAUGUCCAAUGUCCAGAACGCAGCUCGGGCCGCGUCGGGUAACGACCGAGGAGACUUCUGGAGGCUCCGGGGCCAACGCGCCGCAAAGAAAAAGGACUUACGCAAGAGUCGAGAGGACCUGAGCGCUACACCGGUCACUACGCGCUUCCCUGCCUACGAGAGAGUGGUGCUGCGAGAGGCUGGAUUCAGACGGCCUGUUGUUAUAUUUGGACCAAUCGCUGAUGCUGUGAACGAAAAACUGGCUACAGAUUUACCCAAUGAGUUUGUCAUAGCAAAAACUGAGCCCAAAGAUGCUGGCAGUGAAAAGUCUUCGGGUGUUGUGAGGCUAAACACUAUUCGACUAAUCAUUGAACAGGACCUCCAUGCACUGCUGGAUGUCACCCCUAAAGCUGUGGACACACUGAACUACACACAGUGGUACCCCAUCGUGGUAUUCCUGAACCCUGACAGUAAACAGGGCGUCAAGACCAUGAGGAACCGCCUGGUGCCCGGGUCCAGCCGCAGUGCACGCAAGCUCCACGACCAGGCUGUGCGGCUGAGGAAGACCUGCUCACAUCUCUUCACCGCCACUAUUGAUCUGAACAGUGCUAAUGACGCGUGGUACGGCAGCGUGAAAGACUCCAUCAGAGAACAGCAGGAGAGAGCCGUGUGGGUCUGUGAGAGCAAGCUGGACGGGUCAGAGGAGGACCUGGACCUCAACGAUGACCGCUUGUCCUACCUGUCAGCCAUGAGCGCAGACUACCUGAGCAUGGACAGCCGCCUGACCAGUGACUACGAGGACACAGCCGACGAGGGCGGAGCCUACACCGACAACGAGCUGGAUGAAGCGCAGGAGGAGGCCCAGCCCGUGUCUGCGAUCGGCCGCUCCUCUGAGCCCGUGCUGCCAGAUGACCGCCCUGAGCCUCGUACCCGCCUCAGGAAGUCCGGCAGCAGAGAGGUGCUCCAUCGAGAGCCCAGUCCCCCCCCUUCAUUUGUCCCUGAGCCCCCCAAGGUGCGCUCGCAAGGCCGCACAGACUCCUCACGGAGCUUUGACUCACACUCCAGCAGCACCAUCAGCUCUGACACGGCUCACAGACCCCUGCCCCCUCCUGUGGCCCUCAAGCCCCCCUCCAUCCGCCCACUGCAGCCCCCUCCAGAGCUCAGCCCGAGACCACAGGCCGAGGAGGAAGACCCAGACACCAAGACGUUCCGAGGAAAGAUCCAGGCCUUUGAGAAGAUGGACCAUUUGGCUCGAGCGCAGAGGUUGCUGGAGCUGCAGGAGGCGGAGAAUGCACGGCUUGAAAUCGCUCAGAAGCACCCAGACAUCUACGCCGUCCCAGUGAAGCCCAACCACAACAGGCCGCAGCCCAUUGGGUCGAGCUCCAACCCAGAGCCCCAGGCCUCCCCCAGACACUCAGAUGUUGACGAGGCCGAAUACCGCCGACAGCUCCUCCAGCAGGACAAGAGAGGCUACUACAACACGGGGAAGUACAAGGACACAGAGCUCUAG